AACACGGCGCACAUACUAGGCUGGCAGUGUUAGGAAGGGGGCGUGGCCCCGACUGUGUACUACACAUCGCCAUGACGUCGGUUGCCACGGAAACGCAUUCCGCCCUGACCCCUUGCGCGUCCCCGUUUGUCUCCCUCCAUCCGGGAUCCUGGCUCGCCACACAGCGGGAGGAGCUGAGCGGCGCAGGGGGGUCCCCAUGGCGGAGGAUGCGGAGUGGGUGCUGGACAGUGUGCUGGCCUUCCUGAAGUGUCCGCUGUGGACAGAGCCCGUCACCGACUUCAUAGAACAGAGAUGCUCAGUUUUUGACGAUGAAGAAGAAAAUAAGUUGUCCUACACAGAGAUCCACAAUGAGUAUAAAGAGCUGGUAGAAAAGUUGAUACAAGGGCAUGUGAAUGAAAUAGGGAUUAACGAGGAGCAAUUUCAAGAGGCAUGUUCAGCACCUUUCGCUCAUUCUCCUGAAGUUAAGAAUAUGUUGCAAGCUGUGUUAGCUGUAGAAGAUUUUGUAACAUUUAAAGAAAUGAUGGUGCAGAAGAAUAUCGAACUACAGUUACAAGCAAUUCAAAUUAUUCAGACAAGAAACGGCGUGCUUCCAGAAUGUUUGCAGAAUGGUACAGAUAAUAUUUCUGACCUUGAGCAAGAAGAAAUGAGACUGCUUACUGAAGCAUUAAGAAUAUCAAGAGAGGAAUAUGAACUUGAAGAGUUGCGCAGGAAGGAAAGAAAUGCAACCAGUUUAAUAGAAAACCCUCCCAAAACUUCCAUUUCUUCUGCAGUCACAACAUCACAGAAAGCUGAAAUAGUGUAUUUGGAAUCUAAAAAGCAACCUUUAAAAGUAGAAGAACAUCCUUACAAAUCUUCAGCUACUCAAAUGACAGAGCUGAGUAGCACAGAAGCUGCUCAGGCUUGGGUGGAGCAAGCAAGGAAAGAGGCUGGCAUACAGGGUUCUGUCACUAACUUGACACAGGUGGAAAAGGAACAGCUCAGAGAACGUGCUGAAUACCUGAAGCAAAGAAGAGCUGAACUUUUAUCAAGGAAGUUGGACUCCAAGAGAAAAACACACAUCCCCAAAGAGUGUAAAGAAAAGGCACCGUGUCCCAGACCGGAGAUGGGUGAAGAAGAAAAGAAAAGCCUACAGAGAAGGAAACAGCUAGCUGAAAAACUUAAAGAAGAAGUCAUUAAUAAAUAGGGCCUGCCAUUGCACUGCACAAUUCUUCCAUGGAAUCUAUUGCCAAAGCUAAGUGUGUAUCUGUGUAAUAUAAAUCUAUAUAUAUAA